AUGAGUGACAUGGCUUCAAAGAGGUGGCAGAGAUUCAUUGCAGCUUCAUUAUUGACGGCGGCGUUAUUCUAUUUGACCAUCAAUCGACAAAUAUUGAGACGAUUACAAAAUGAGGAAGAUAUAAAAGAGAGCACAUUGUUCAACCUGUUCUCUAAAACUUAUGGAAGGGAGAGAAUCAUCGAACAUUCCGUGUGUCUAAUGGAUGGAACGUGUGUAGAUAUACGCGAACGUCUUGUGCAUGACGGAAGGAAAUAUUUGGUUGCUCGGGAAAUUACCGCAGGCAUGUUGCGAACGUCCACGAUGUUUCUGAAAACGCCAAAGAAAUUGACUGCUAGCAUCAUGGAUACAACUAAAUGGGAAGUUGACAGCGGAGCAAUUACAUUUGAGAGCUACGUUACUACGAUGAUAGAGGAAAUAUUUAUUAGUGGAGCGGCACAGAUGUCCCCGUAUAAUUCUGCUCACAUCUUAAUGCUUGGCCUUGGUGGAGGUUAUAUUAACUCUUAUCUCCAUCACAAGUUUCCUAACAUGGACAUUACGGUUGUUGAACUGGAUCCCCAGAUGUUGGAGAUUUCUAAAAAAUGGUUCGGUUUAAAAUUAGAUCAACGACAACGAGUAUUUUUAAUGGAUGGAGUACACUUUGUGAGAAACGCAGUCACUGAAGGUCGAAAAUACGAUGCGAUACUUGUGGAUGCAUGCACUUCAGACACCAACGCAUGGAUUAUAUGUCCAGCAAACGAUUUCGUCGUACCAGAAGUUGUAAAGAAAUUUGCAGAGUUACUCACAGAUAAAGGAUCUCUCAUAGUCAACGUUUUAAGCAUUCGUCAUAAGAAAGUGAUUGGUACCAUGGUACAAAACAUCUUCAACCAAGCAUUCAAAUAUUGUAUCCUGAAACAAGCACAUAGUAGAUCAAAUUUGGUAAUAACAUGUGCACAACAUCCGCUGCCAAAAGGUUUAGAAAGUAAAUACGAAAAGUUCGCCGGUUACGGUAAAUAUGGAGCUAAAGUUAGUCGGAUGAUAGGAAUAUCUUCAUAG